UUUGGAUGACAUUAAAUUACAAUGGAUACAAAGAAAAAGCCUGCUAUAAUAUCUGUUUAAUCUUUAUAUUUAUUCUUCUAUUUUGAAGGUUGGAUGCAGUAGUCAAGGUUUGACUGCUGGCCUAUUACCAAUAUAUGUAGUACAUUAAACAAUGAUUACUUGUCAAACAAAAAAUCACUUGUGCGGAAGUAUCAAAACUCAGCCAAUAAUUGGAAACAUAUAUAAGCAAAAGUUUAACUCAGUCUGAUAGCUUCUACAACAUAAUUGGCUGGAUCUAGAAUCGACUAUCAUGUCAAUUACAAAUCCUUUAUAUGGAAUAUCAAAUUUGCUAUAUUUCAGAUCCCAUAGACUGAGGAACACUGAUAAUAAUAUUUCCUACUUCAUCUGCUGAUGCUAAACCAGACAAUGUUAACUGGACCAUCGAGACUCAGUUUCUCGUCAAUUUGGCCAUAUGUACUGUAGUAUGUAAACUGGCUGGAAAUGAGGAGGGUAAGCUACAUGCCUACAGCUAUAUGCAAUUUGUUUUGAAAGGUGCAAUUUGUUACUAAUAUACAUGUCUUUCAUGAUCUGAUCGGAAAUUUCUGGUUUUUGUUAGUGUAAUUUUUAUUUUUCUUGGAUGGUGUAUUCACAUUCUUGACAUUGUUCAAGACAAUACCACGAAUGACAAAGUUGCUCUAAUCAACUGGUUAGAUAUAUUUUCUUAUGUUUAUAUCAGUUUACCACACCAAACAUUCUGUUUUCUGACCUGAUAGUACUUUUGCAUCAUAUUGGAGGAAAAAAAAUGCAAGUUUCAUGUAGACCAAUGACAUAAACUGGUCAUAUUUAGAGUUUAACCUUGAAAAAAUGACAUACACCAAUAAAUUGUGUGUCAUCAUGGAAUGCAUGUAAUCCCUACCCAUGAUGGGUAGGUAGGUUUGAAAAAAAAAAAAUGUAAUCCAUGAUCACAAAGUUAGACAAACAGGUUGAAACUGUUUUGGGAGGCCGAUCUAAACUCAUAUAUUUAUAUAAAGGUCGAUCAAGACCUCAUUUCUUACUUCAGAACUAAAUAUCGAGGAAAUUUAGAAGAUCGAAGAAGAAAAAGAAGCAGAAUGGCUGUCCAAAUUCCUAGAGUGAAACUCGGGAGUGAGGGAUUUGAGGUUUCCAAGUUGGGACUUGGUUGUUUGGGACUUAGUGGAUACUACAAUGCUCCACUAGCUGAAGAGGCUGGCAUAUCAAUAAUCAAGCAUGCAUUCGAUAAUGGAAUCACGUUCUUUGAUACAUCAGAUAUUUAUGGACCAGAAACUAAUGAAGUUUUGAUCGGAAAGGCAUUGAAGCAGCUGCCUCGAGAUAAGGUUCAGGUUGCUACAAAGUUUGGUAUUGUAAAUAUCAAGAAACCGCAAGUUACACUUAAUAGCAGUCCUGAGUAUAUACGCUCCUGCUGCGAGGCUAGCCUGAAGCGUCUGGAUGUGGAGUACAUUGAUCUUUACUAUCAGCACCGUGUAGACCCAUCAGUACCAAUAGAGGAUACCAUGGAGGAACUAAAGAAGUUGGUGAAGGAGGGGAAGAUAAAGUACAUCGGAUUAUCCGAAGCCAGCCCAGAAACAAUAAAGAGGGCACAUGCAGUUCAUCCCAUUACAGCUGUACAAAUGGAGUGGUCUCUUUGGACUCGCGACAUUGAGGAAGAAAUCGUCCCACUUUGCAGGGAACUUGGAAUCGGGAUAGUGCCAUAUAGCCCUCUUGGUCAAGGAUUUUUCGGUGGCAGGGCAGUUGUGGAAGCUAUACCUGCAAAGAGUCAUUUGGACUGGCUUCCUCGCUUUCAAGGGGAGAACUUGGAGAAAAACAAAGACCUUUAUGCUGAAACACAGAGGUUGGCUGAAAAGCAUGGAUGUUCCCCUGCACAACUCGCGCUUUCUUGGGUUCUUACUCAAGGCGAAGAUGUUGUACCUAUCCCUGGGACUACUAAGAUAAAGAAUUUGGAUGAUAAUAUUGGUUCCUUGAGAGUGAAACUCACCAAAGAAGAUAUAGAAGAGAUUUCUGAUAAAAUAUCUAUCAACACAGUGGCUGGGAAUAAUGCACCCGAUGCUUUUUUUCGCUGCUCAUGGAAGUUUGCAAAUACACCACCAGCAAAAGAUGGCAAAAUACCUUCUUAAAAGUUUGUAUGAGAAUUAUGAUAAAGAAUAACUGAACUACUAAAGCAUGUCGAUAGUUCAUGUUUAGGAUUCUGAUGUUGCUUAGUAGUGUAACUAAAGUUAUUGGAGCAGAUCUAGAUAAUGUGAAAUCUGCUUCCACUUCUUUACAAUAAAAAGAAAAAGAACAUGAAUAUUGCA